AUGGUAUCUUAUAAGCUGUUGAAGAGUACUCGAUAUAUCCAGACUUGUUUUCCUCAGGGACCAAUUACCAGCUUCCAUAGAUGUCAAAUUCAAAGGAUGGGUUACCAGGCUCGAAAUAGUGAUUUAUCUACACUACGCAUAACAUUACAUUGUGACACGCACGCUCUAGUCCAACAAUUGCAGUUAAGAGGUUUUACACAAGAACAAGCUGAAGGAAUCACUGAAGCUUUGGUUGAAAUUGUCAACAAUACACUGGAUCAACAGUCAAAAAACAUGGUCACUAAAUAUCAACAGGAGAUUUUGUUACAGCAACUGACAGCCGAAAUAGCUGCUCUUAAAAAAGACAUGAUUAUUUUUGAAAAAAGUGAAUUUUCCAACCUUCGUCAUAUCACAGAGAAACAAAGUCGAGAAAUUAUGCAUUUGAAAGAGCAAAUAAAGGAUGAAGUGACCAAGCUGCAAGGGAAGAUAACUCUUGAUAUUAAUCUGGAAAAAAGUCGCUCAAAGGAAGUGUCUGCUGAACAAGAAACCCGUAUCUGCAAUCUUCAUAACAAAAUUGAGACAAAAAUUGCUGACAUGAGAACAACAUUUGAACAACACCGAAAUGAUGUCUUAAAAUUUGCUGGAGGAACAAUCUUCUCAUGUCUUACCAUUUCACUUGGAUUCUAUCGUUUAUGGUCCUGA